AUGGCCAUCGUGGUGAUAGCCGCGCCCAGCUCGCACGGCGACGAGAUCGACGUCAAGCUGCAGGCCCGCUUCAACGACUUCCGGGUGCAGCUGUCGUCGGGCAGCGCCUGGCUCGCCAGCCUGAGCAUGGCCGACCUGCACGUGGGCGUGGAGAUGCGCCGCGGGCACACCCAGGUCACCACCGGCCUCAGCCAGCUGUCGGUCGUCGACCUCACGCCGGCCAUCAAACACGACAAGGUCCUGUCCAUGACCUCGGACGAGGUGUUCCGGGCCGAGGUGAGCCUUUACAAUCGGACGGAGCCUGUGGAGCAGGACUUCGUGGACCUCGAGCUGUCUGCUCAGCUGGGCGGCGCGCGGCUUCUCUUCAUGAACCGCUUUAUCGCCGACCUGCUGGCGUUCAUGGCGCCGUUCUCAGCCACGCAAGCAGCGCUGGCCGAGGCGUCGCAAACGGCGGCGGACGCAGCGCAGCAGGCCAUGCACAACGCCUACGCCCAGGCGUUCAGGGCCAAGCUCAGCGUCACCAUGAAGGCCCCUGUGAUCCUCGUGCCGCAAAGCUCCCGCUCCGACCGGGUCCUGGUGGCUGAUCUGGGAAACCUUAAUGUCAGCAACCGCCUGGAGAUGGGGCCGUGGAGCCAGCUGAGCACUCCCGCUGUCCUCGACAAGAUGACGCUGAAGCUCGACAACCUCAAGUUCUACAGAGGUCAGCUGGCCGCUGACGGGUCGGUGCACUCCGAGUGUCUGAUCCUGCAGCCGGUCACGCUGGCGGUGCAGGUGACGCGCAACCUCAGCGUCAGCUGGUACAGGGACGAGCCGGAGAUCGACAUCCUCGCCACGCUCGGUGACCUCACCGUGGUGCUCAGUGAAACGGACUACGCCCAGAUUAUGCGCACGCUCAACGAGAACCUGUCGGAGAGCGGCACGGCGGAGCUGAAGCCGCUGCCGCCGCCGUCGCCGGCGGCGGAGGCGGCCCACGGCGCCUCGCGCUCCGGCGGCACCACGUCGACGGCCGUGGCGCACCUGGAGACGACGCUGGCCAGCGUGUAUACCAAGCUGCGCUUCAGCUUCGACUGGACGUUCGUCGGCGUCGAGCUCUUCACCAGCAGCGCCGAGGAGAAGGUGGGUACCGCUGGGAGCCACGCGAGGCUCAGCGCCGUGGAGAAGCGCUGCCCCGUCCUGUACUGA